GUUAGGUGAUACAAAUCAUAAUUCUUUAUUGGAUAAUUUUCUGGCUGAUGAUGAUGAUGAAUGGAUAAAUAAUAAUAUUUAUGAUAAUAAUGAAGAUAACAUUAUAAUAAAUUCAAAUUUUCAAAUUCAAGAAAAUGAUGAAAACGCUGAUGGUGUAAACAAUAAUGUAGGUAAUAACUCAAAUUUGAUUCAAGAAGAUCCAGCAGAAGUUCAAAAACAAAUUAUACGUCAGUUAGUUACAUUAAACGCUAGGAUUAAAGAGCAGAGUGAUUAUCUACACAGUAUCAUGAUGAUUGUAAGUGAUGUACAAGAAAAACAAAAAACAUUGGUUCAACCGAUCAUAGCGUUAACUAGUAAUCAUGAGUUUGAAAAUGCUUAUAAAAUGCUUCCUAUUCAAAAUGAAGAUUCAUUGAAUAGUUUAAAAGAUAUUUUAAGUAAUGAUGUCUUACAUGAUCAAACUGUAAAUCUUUUGUCCAAAAUUGGUGGUUCCAGUUAUAAAGAAACUGUUAGAAGAAUUUUGAGAAAACUGAUAACUGAUGAAUUUGCUAAGUUGUUUAGCUACACUGGCCAUAAGUGCAAUAAAAAAGCAUUCAAUAAAACAAUUUUGUGUUCUCUACUUCUUAAAGCCGUGCGUUCUUCUUCUUUCAACAACACAACAAUUAAAGAUAUCGAAAUUGUUGCUAGUAUUUGGCUCACAAAAGCAAGUGAAAGAUUAAAAACAACUUCAACAGAUUUUGAAGUUUAA